AUGUCAACGGAUACAUCAAGUUCAUGCAUUAAUCAACUCGUAUCGGGUAAAGUUAUCGACAAGUAUACAGUUGUAAAGAAGAUUGGCGAGGGCAAUUUUGGAACAGUAUAUCAUGUAAAUCUGAGUAUUCAAAUGUGCAUCAAACAAGAAAAGUUGCAGCUUCUCCGCCUUGAACUCCUCGUCAUGCAACGUCUCAAAGCCAGAAAUGCCAUACAUAUGCCCGAUCUAAUUAGCAAAGGAAACUACGAAAAUAUUAAUUACAUAGUGAUGAAAUUACUCGGAAGAUCUCUACAGGAUGCCAAGAAAACAGGACCUGAUAAACAUUUGUCACUUGGGCCAGCCAUAGGGGUCUCAAUUCAAGACGUGAAACCAGGAAAUUUCGUGAUUGGUCGACCAGAAGAUGGAGAUCUACGGAAGCUCUACAUCAUCGAUUUUGGAAUGUGUCGUCAAUUCGUCGAUAGUAAAAGUACAAUGCUACCACCACGUAAAAAAGCACCAUUUCGUGGUACUCCUCGUUACGCUCCCAUAGCAUCUCAUUUGUUCAAGGAGCACUGUCGCAGAGAUGACGUUGAAAGCUGGUAG